UGUGAUUUUCUUGGAAUGAAUCUCAGACACACCAGCUCUCUGUAGCCUAUACAUUUCUUUUUCUUGCUUUUUCCCUCUCCUUCCUUAUGAUGAUUUGUGAGACCAGAAUGACUUUGAUUUCAGCAAGUUUGCUGUUUAUUCACGUCACAAGUUUGACAGCUUUACACCAAAUCAGAUUGCUGGAUUCAAGAAAGCUCUGAGGCGUCACUGGAAGCUCCUUUAGAUUAGAACUCGCCUCCCCUGUCUUUUCCCCCUUCAGAGCCAAUUAAAGCUCGCUGGGGCUUUAAGAGGAAACGUGCUCCCAAGCCCUGCAUCUCACUCUGCCACUAAAAUGAGCACCAUUCUUUCCUGCCAAGAGCCGGACUUUGGAGGGGGCCAGGGCCAGGAUUGCCCCUGUUCCGACUCAGCGUCAGCAGCCAGUGUUGAUGUUUCCAAGGAGACUUGGGUUUCGUUCUGGGCUUCUGGUCUCCCGGACAACACCAGCGAGAGCCCAGCAGAAGGACAGGCUCCGGACCAGUUCUGUGGCUUGGAUUUUACUGUUCCAGAUGACACGUGGCAAGGAGAUCAGCUGUCCUCCCAGCUCUACAGAAACAAACAGCUUCAAGACACCUUGCUACAGAAGGAAGAGGAACUUGCCAGGUUACAUGAAGAAAAUAACAACCUCCGACAAUACCUGAAUUCUGCCGUGAUUAAGUGUUUGGAAGACAAGGCGAAGAAACUACUGCUGCACAACAGCCAGAAGAAACAUGCAAUUCUCAGAAGUGGCAAGAGGAAAUUUAAAGAGGACAGUUACCUGACCCCUCGAGAGACUCCUCACCCCUCAAAAGCCAGGAGGAACCUGCUCAGUGAUUUUACUGCCUGUGAAGAACAAGCUGCUCCGCCCGUGGAUACCUGGGUACUGCAAACCCUGGGACUGAAAGAUAUCAACACCAUUGAUGAGUCUUUAUCAGCUAACUACAGUGCCCUGUCCUCUGAACUUGGAAAGAGCCCGUACUGCCAGAGCCAUGGGGAGGCAAUGGACUAUUGUAAUGAUGAGGACCCAAUAGCUGCUUAUGGCUGUGAUCAGAUGACUCUUAUAAACUGCACUGCCGCUCCUGGGAAGCAGGCUUCACCCUACAUCCAGCCACUUUCUUCAGCACCAUGUGCUUCCUUGACGCUGCCCAGCGGUGCCCCUUUCCCACCUUAUGGAUCGCCUUACUUCGCCAACGAUGUGUCACCAAACAAAACCGACAUGGCCUUUACAACCUCCCUGAGCCCCCACCGCAAUGUCAAAACACAUACCUUCCACCAGGGCCAGGUCUUCGUGCGCCGAGAGGAGGAUGGAGGCUGGAAAUUCACUUGGGUCCCCAAGCAAUCAGAGUGACUGCCCCUUGCCCCCACUUCUGAGCACUGCCAUCAGUGACAUGUUUACAAACACAACUGCAGAAGCCUUUCUUGCACUUGAGAUUGAUGCUGAGAACAGAAGCAACAUCCCCUACAGGCUGUUAUCUCAUGCUGUGUGGAAUGCUACAUUAUAUCAUCCACCCAUUCACCUCUGCACGCUCCUAAUUCUUGCAGGAACAGCUCCAGAUUCCAUUUGGAAAUGUAUCCGCACAGGGCCAAAUGUACAAACUAGCCUUCCAUUCAGUUCAGCUCUCUCCACAUCUGUGAGACCAUCUACCACCACUUAUUCACAACCCUUCUGCCUUGUUGUACCUUCCUGGCUGAAAUGUACCCAACCAUUCCUGUUUGUGACAUUCUGGUGACCACUCCUACCUGGACUGGGAAGCCAGGAGCUGGAGCAAAGUUUUUGGGAGGACUGUUAAAGAACAGAGUCUCUGCCACAGCCCUUUUGUUCUGCAUCCUAGCAACCACAGACAGAGAAUAAAGGCUGGUUCUGUGGCUGUUAGAUCAGUGAUGUUCUGGAGAGUGGAACCCCCAGUGGCUGUGUAAAUUGCAUAGGAAGAAAGCAAUUGUUGAUCUGUUGUCCUUUAAUGUAAUGCUUGGUUGGUUUACAUACAGUCAAUUAUGGCUGUUGUUUUUGGAUGCGUCCUCAAAAUGAACAGGAUUUGCUCCUAUUACCUUCAGGUUGCCUUGUAAGUUACAAGCAACAUGGCAAAUCUAAUGGGUCUUCUGCGCUAACCAAGCAUUAACCGCAUGAUGCUUUUCAAAGCUAAUUCCAUGGUGAGACAGCUGUACGUGUUAGCACUAUCUCUGGAAAUACAGAUAAUGAGUCAAGCCCUCAGCAGCUGUCGAUUGGUGUAAUUCCACUGACAUCAUCAACGGAGGAUCCGGUCCAGUAUAUUAGCAGGAGAAGCUUUAUAUAGUGUGUAAAAAUAUAUAUUUGGUGCCUUACUAGCCACCACGAAAGAUACAUUCUCUUCCACUCACAAUAUUCUCUUGGCCCUGCCAUUGGUUCACGUGCUGCCUAGUACUGAGUCACUUCCAGGGACACUCCUUGGGCUGUCUUCAAUAUUGUGCUGUGGGCUAGUGGAAAUGCUUAUUCAUGCGAGCAGCCCUUAUCACACUAAGCUUCUGCUGCAUUCAGAGGGCUACUCUGGACAGUAAAAGCCCCUCUUCUGAAGUUUGGCAGUUGCUUUCCAUUCCAGAAAAUGACAUGUAGAGUGUUCGAUUCUGGUUUCUUUUGAUGAUGUAUGGGGAUUCAACUUUACACAAGAGCAACACUGGCCCAAAUAUUUGUUUACAGAAAUUGCUCUUGGUAAUUACAGAAUUGGGCUUUUCUAGUACCCUUACUAUGGGGAAUGUAUCCCUCGAUUAAGGGGUAGUAUCAUUGAGUGAUUAAAGCAGUUGAUUGCGAACCACACUUUCUAUGUCCCGUUCCAGGUUCUACCACUCACAUAUCUCCCAGGGUUGUGAGGCUAAACACAUCAUGUCUGGAAAGCGCUUUAAAAUCCUUGGAUUCAAGGUGCUAUUCAACUGCACAGCACUUUUAUUAAACUAACAACAACAUGAAGUCAACUUACAUGAAGUAAACUUACCAACCACGUGUUUUAUGUAACCCUUAUUUGUUAAUUUACCCCCCUUUGUCUUUUUGAUACUUAAAUAUUGGUAGCAUUGAAAACCAAGGGACCAGUCUGGCAAUCCUUACUCUCAUUAGUUGUCCUAUUGACCUCACUGUGACUUGGCCAUCUGUGAAUAAAGGUCCUCCAGUUACUUAUUUUAACAUAAAAUUUAGAUACAACUUUAUUCUAUAUUGAUGAGGAUUAAAAUCCAUUUUCAUCCAAAAUAUUCUCUUGUGCCUUAAAAUCUCAGUAUUUGAGCUUCUGAUUCAGGAGCUAAACUAAUUCCUCCCAUGAUACUUAAAUCAACAAGCAAAUCUCUAUUUGUUCGUAACUUAUUGUAAAAUAAUAAGGCAUCACCCGUUUAAAUGCUUGCAUUGGAGGGAACACAGGUUAAUUAAUGUUUAACCCGGUGCACUAAUGCGCACGAAUUAAACUCCAGCAGUUUGAUGCUAUUUCCAUUGAAGCCAAUGGAGGUUUUGCCAACUUCAGCAAGAGCAGGAGCCAGGCUACUGUUGGUCUGUAGCAAUGUAAUUUGCUGCUUAGGGAUAUUUUAAAUGAAAGCAGAAAAGUUGUUCCUCGUAAAAAUAUCUCCUCCUUUUUUUCCCUUUAAUAAGCAAGACAUUAGCCAGCUCUAGCCCAGACUGUAUAGGAUGGUGUUGAAGAAAAGUACAGAUUGGGUGAUGUUUUGUACAGUUGUUAAAGUUAUUGUUGUACAGAGUGUAGACAAUUCACUGCUUAAUUCCCUUUCCUUAACGUGAAAUGUGUUUGUGUGUGUGUGUGCUGAAUGCCAUCCUCAAAAUAAUUAGACAAUGUGACCAUAGGAUUAAUCCUCAAGCUAGAACAUUUCUUAUAUAUUUCAAAGCAACUACACAAUGUGAGUAUAGAGUGUAAUUCUAUUGCACGAGGUUUAGUGCUGUAGAAUUGAGUGACCUUUACAACAUUAAAAACAACACUUUUUUAAUCCUAUAAUUGAUUUUUAACCCUAAUGAAUUAAAAAUGAGAGAUUAAGUCAUUCUCUCUGUUUAAUAUCUUUUGUUGAUAUUUGUAGAUCACUUGCUUCUUGGAGCAGGGGGUUUAUCUUCCUCUGUGUUAUUUACUGUACACCACUGGGGUGAAAUUCACCCCCUGCAGAGUCUAUGCAGCACUUAAAUCCCAGCUAAACUCUCAAAAUAGAGUUUAAAUGAAACUUAAGUGGUGCCUAGACCUUUGCCAGCCCUCUGAACAGGGAUGAAUUUCACCCUUCGCAUUUAACAAAUAAAUUAUAAAGCUGAGUGAAUCAUUCAGAAUGAAUAAUUUCUCCAGUUUUUCGUGCAGUUUUCUCAGUUUUAUUCCACACAAUAUUUUAACUCUAUGAUUUCUCACAGAUUGUUCUCUAAGUAUUUACUGUUUGAGGGCAGUGGUGGUAGCUGGGGGGCUGACCAGAUUAAGUCCCAAGGCUUUGCUUCUGUUCCAUGAUUGGCGAAAAUACUUGCACGUGCAAAUUUAAAAGUGAGCUUUGGGCAAAUGUUGCAACAUGUGACUUUGAAAUUUUCUCUUUGUAACCACUACACUAAUUACAUUUAAUGGCAUGAAUGCUGACAGGUAGUGAACACAAAAGGCUAAUAAGAAUUUGAGAUAAUAUUCCUGAAAUAUUUUUAUUUGCAAUAUUCAUUUAGUUCUCAUACAAAACCAGACCGUAUUUCCUCUAGAAAUUGCAUCAGCAGUUGAGUUUGGAUUUACUAUGACACCCAGAGCAUUAAUAAUAAUAAAAAACAAAUCUUUCUUCCUUGGUUGGCUCACUGCUUUUCCACUGUAAGAAAGUUAAUCAUAAUGCCAGACUUAAGGAACAUCUGUCUUUUCCUGUUCCUCUGAACAAUGAUAUAUUUCCAAGGGCCCGUCCUGCUCUCAUCGACUUCAUCAAGAACAGGUUCAAUAUUAAAUUGUGAUUUGGGGUUACACAUUGUUCCUGUUGUGAUAAAGCUGAUGGUUUAUGGUAGCCUAGUAAAUAGGGGCCUGGAUUGGGAUUACCCAAAGAUUUGGGUGCAAUCCCUGGCUAACCUGUAUGCUUACUGUGCGACCUUGGGAAAGUCGUUUAAUCUACCCCAUUCCUCCAUUCCCCAUCUGUCAAAUAUGGCUAGUCCUUCCCUCUCACAGUAGGCUGUGAGUUUCAAAAGCAAAUCAAGCAGUUAGCGCAAGGGAGUAGGAAUCGGAGUUCUGGAUUCUGGCAUUGACUCUGCUUUUACUGGUCCCAAUAUAAAGGGACCAGUUCUUAUCAAACUGAAUAGAAACACUAUUGAAUAGAGACACUAGCUGCUGUACACUUCGGGGGAAAUUUGUUGUAAUGCUAACUGCCAAGGGCCAGCAGGCCUAGAUACCACUUAAAUUCUGGUUCAGCCCUUAAAAUGGGGUUUGAUUAAGUGAGACUUAACUUGUCCAGAAGCACUGGCUGCUGGCCCUUUGUGUAGAGGUGAAUUUUACCCACUGUGAAUAUCCAUCUUGUAUUAACAUUUGUUUUAUUUUUUUAUCUGAAGGCGUUUUUUUUUCAUUAUGUGAAUGUAACACAUGCCAGCUGCACAUUUAAAAACCAAUCUGUGUCUUUAGAAAUGUGUGAUGAUAUAAACAGCGAUUAAUUUAACACUUAAUAUUUGGAUGUUUAUGAUUUGUGUGUAUGUGUGUAAUUGCAAAGAAGUUCUAAUUAUAUGUAAGAGUCAA